AUGAAAACGAACGGAGAAGCGGCGAUCCCCUCCAAUUCUGUCAAACCCGUCGGUCAAACCGGUAUCUCUUCCGGCGAUGACAAUCCGAUGAAAUCCAAAGGUGCAACGGCUAUACCGAAGAGUCCGAUCAAACCCGUCACUCAAACCGAUAUCUCUUCCGGCGUUGACAAUCCGAUGAAAUCCAAAGGUGCAACGGCUGUACCGAAGAGUCCGAUUAAACCAAACGGCAAAACCGGUGCCUCUUCCGGUCCCAACCUCGGCGUUAGGGGCAGAGCUUCUGUCUCACCCGUCAACAAAGGCAAAUCUAUCGUCUCCGACGAUGUAGGGAAGGUUAUUACCUUCAAAGACGUGACAUUCGGGCCCCAUCAAGACGAGGUGCGGUUUCGAUUGAUCCAUUUUUGGGAGGCUUGGAACGUUCAUACGAAGGUUCUUAUCAGCAUCGAAAUGCUUCUCAUCGAUGAAGAGGGCUUCAUCCCCUAUGGAAGGAUUGAGACCUAUUUGCCUCACAUGAAAGCUGGUUGUAUUUACCGACUCAACAAGUUUUUCGGAUCAAAGAGCAAGACUAUUUACCGAGUAGCUGAUCCAUAUGUCACUAUUAGCUUCUCAUGGAACUCUGCCCUCUCUGCUCUCGAGGACAGUUCAAUCCGUUUCCCUGAGGAUCGGAUCCGUAUCCAUGGAUUCAGAGAGUUCGAUGCUGCUUCCGACUUGAGAGGUGAUCUUUAUGACUAUAUUGGCCACAUCAAACUUGUGAAUGGGAAGGUUCCCAGUGAUGGUUUCUUGCUUGAUGAAGCUGAGAUAGCUGGAUCCCGCCGAGUUGAGCUUCACGUACAGACACAUGACGAUCCUGUGAUGAAGUUGUAUCUCUGGGAUAAGGCUGCCUUUGAGUUCUGUGAGAAGUUUAAAGCAUCUGGAGGCACUGCUCUUGUUAUCUUAGUCACCACCUUAAACCCGAAACGGUUUGGAGGCGUCCUAUCUCUAUCUGCCAUGGCGUCCUCACGGGUAUUUAUGGAUAGUGAUGUCCAAGAAACACUCUUCUACCUCAGUUGGUUGAACUCGAACUUGGAUGUUGCCAGUAGAGUUAAUGCAGAGGUGAUUACCAAGCUUGAGCCAGCGACCUUGGGAGAACUCUUCUCCUAUAUGAAUCAGGCAUCCUCUAAGGUUGCUUGGUUUGAGUGCACAACAACUAUUGAUGAUGUUGUGCACGGGUCUGGAUGGUAUUAUAUAGGCUGCGGUGUGUGCCAUACUAAAGCAACCAAAGGGCCCACAACGCUUAUGUGUAAGAAAUGUGGGAAGAGUGAGAUUGUUGGUGUGGCGCAGUACCUGACGAAGCUCUCUGUGUAUGACCAUAAUGAUCAAGCCGUAUUUGUUGUCCUUGGUGAUGCCGGUGAGGAGUUGACUGGAAAGAAAGCUAACAAGUUGGUUGAGAGAUACUAUCAGGCCAAUGAUAGUGUUGGAGGGGAUCACAUGGUUCCAGUUCCUCGGCUAUGGUUGAUACCAUUGGACAGACGCGGAAGUUUAUUGUGAAGGUAUCAAAUCACAAUCUGACUGCCAAGACCCAGACUCUGACUAUGACAAAGGUGGUCCCACCUGAUGCCCCAGAACCUGAAGGAAGUUUAGGAGAGAACGUUGGUGAAAAAGGUGAUACUGAGGAAGAGGAUAAUGCAGAUGGGUUGGUGAAAAGGGGUGCUGAUGUGAUGGAGUCUGAGGGUGUGA